CACAUUGUCACGUCUCUAUUUGGUUGGCCAAUCACUUUCCACUUUCUAUUCCUAGGCUUGCCCUUGACGAUGUCGACGACUAUCAACCUCUAUCCGCUGUCCAACUUUACUUUCAGCACAAAGGAGGCCCAACCAGAAGAGGACCCGUCGGUCUCUGCACGUCUGCAACGAUUACAGAACAACUAUGAGGAUUUUGGUAUGCGCAGGACCGUCGAAGGCAUCCUCGUCGUCCACGACCACGGCCACCCGCAUAUACUCAUGCUGCAGAUCGCAAAUGCAUUCUUUAAACUACCAGGAGACUACCUCAAACCCGGCGAAGAUGAAAUCGACGGACUAAAGAGGCGCCUGGACGACCGCCUCGCGCCACCGACUGAUUCUCUGCAGUUCAACGCGUCCCAUGGAAUUGACAAUGAAUGGGAGAUAGGAGAUUGUCUCGCGCAGUGGUGGAGACCCAAUUUCGAAACAUUCAUGUAUCCUUUUAUUCCGGCGCAUAUAACGAAGCCAAAGGAGUGCAAAAAACUAUUUCUUGUUCAGAUGCCUGAGCGCAAGGUGCUUGCUGUUCCAAAGAACAUGAAACUCCUCGCUAUUCCACUCUUUGAACUGUAUGAUAAUGCUGCGAGGUAUGGUCCCCAGCUUAGCGCCAUCCCACAUCUGCUAUCACGCUACAAUUUCAUCUAUCAAUGAGCAUCGGCGCUUCGUUUGUCGUUCCUUCCUUCGUUGCUUUGCCGCCGUAGCCCUCUCUGUAAAAGUACCUCUCGUGUUGCUCUUCUGGUCUGUAGAAUUUUUUGUAAUUUGGAAAUUAUCAGAAGCCGUGUUGCACUAAUGACACUAUACUUAGCCCGCGCGUGA